AUGGGCUCCAUCGAUGACCUCCCCCCAUUUACCCACGACGCGCGAGCCAAGUUCACCACGCCGCCCGUACCGGGGUGGACGUUUGGGCAGAAGGUAGACGCGACGCUCGAAGGGCGCGAGUGGCUUGCGGGCGAGAAGGCCGGUUUCCAGGUCGUCGACGCCGCGACUGCGGACCCCUCGAGAUUGUAUGCUCUCAUGAUUAGCGGAAUCAUCCCCCGUCCGAUAGCGUUUGUCUCCUCCAUAUCCGAGACGGGUACGGAGAACCUCGCGCCGUUCAGCUGGUUCAAUAUGGUCACAUUCGAUCCACCCGUCGUGUCUUUCGCGGUGUUGCACCUGCCGGGCGCCCGCGGCUUCAAGGACACGCUGCGGAAUGUAAUGAGCACGAAAGAGUUCACGGUGAAUAUUAUCAGCCACGCGUUUGUCGCGGGUGCGAACGCCACGGCGGUGGACGCGCCCACGGAGGUCAGCGAAUGGCCGCUAAGCGGGCUGACGAAAGAGCCGAGCAUCAAGAUAAAGGCGGCGCGCGUUAAGGAGAGCGCGUUCAGCAUGGAGUGCGAGGAUCUGCAGCUGUUCCAGUCCCACGAGAUCGUGCAUCCCGAGACAGGCAAGGCGACGACGACACUGGUCCUCGGGCUGGUGAAGUAUAUCCACGUGCGGAAGGACGUGCUGAACGAGCGCGGACUGGUGGACCCGGUGAAGCUGAAUGCGGUAGGACGUCUGGGUGACAUCACAUACUCGCGCCAGUCCGACCCUUUCCGCGUCCCACGCGGGACGUGGGCGGUAGAUGGCGCGGCGAUCAGUGAGCUGCAGUGA